UUGCGGGUCGCCAUGGCGACGGGGUGAGGCGCGCCGGGCGCCAUCUUGCUGCGAGCGCCGGGGAACGCCGCUCGCCGCCGGCCCCGCCGCGCCCUGCGGACAGCCCGGCUGCGGGACGGAGGAUGCGGGCGGGCCGAGCCGCUGCCGCAGCGUCGCGCCGUCCCCGGGGGGCGGGUGCUGGCCGGCCCCGGCGGGCAGGGCGGCCCCGCCGAGGAUGAGCGCGGGCUGCGGGCGGGAACCCCCGCGGAAGAAAGCCCGGCCCGGCCCCGGCGGCCCCGGCUCCCAGGGAGAGCGGCAGGAGGGGCCCGGCGGCAGCAGCUCCGCCACCGCCGUGGGGAAUAAAGUUUGUAAACAGCGGACAAUUACCAGUUGGUUGGAGAAAAAAGGACCCAAGACAACGGAGUCCGAAAGCUUGCACAGCAAAAUUAAUAACAAUACUGAAGCACAUCCUAAGAUGACUUCCAUUAAAAAAGAGAACUUUUGUGAGCAUGAUGUGAAAAAGCUAGAGAAUACUUGUCAGCAAAAUAAUACAAAAAUAUCUGUGGAAGUUGGUGCAAAGCAAGUAAAUUUGCCUCAGACAGGCAGCAUGUGUAACUGGGAGGCUGAGGAAAAAGAUGCAGUCUUAGAUACAGAUCCUGUGAAGGGGCUGCAGUCUGCAGACUUCUUUAAAAAUGCCAACAUUGAUCAGAUGCACAAAACUGGCAAGCAGAGAGGCUGUGAAGAAAGCAGUGCCACUUGGACUCAGAGGAAGUUAUCAGCAGGCCGGGCUUCAAAACCAGGAAAUUCAAAACCUUCAAAAGACAGCGAGACAGAUGGACAGGUGGCUUCAUGCAAUUCACAGAAGCUGAAGAGUUGCAAUUCUGUCUGUUUAACGGGUGAGCAAGAGGAAGGGGAUGUAGUUCCAGAAAGUCCACUUUCAGAUGCUGGUUGUGAUGCCUGUAUAUCUGAUCUUGGAGGUCCUGGGAAACUGAGCAAAUGUCAGAGCAGUUCAGGGGACUCACCUGCUUUUGAGAAAGAAAGUGAACCAGAGUCACCGAUGGAUGUGGAUAAUUCUAAAAAUAGCUGCCAUGGGUCAGAGGCUGAUGAAGAAACAAGUCCAUUUCUGGAUGAACGAGAGGAGAUUAAUAUGUCAAAACCCAUAAACAAAUGUUUUAGAAUUCAAUAUGGGGAUGCUGAAUUGGAGUCAAGGAAAUCACGUUUUUCUGCCAAGGGCUGUGAAAGCUUUGAGGAAGUAGAUAAUUCUGUUAAAGAGGACACUCUGCAUACAAAGGCGCCUGGGAUCUCUCCUGCUCCAGCAUCAGAAUGCAAAGGUGCAAAACAGGGUGUGAAGAGAGACUCCAAAAUCACUUCUCACUUCAUGAGGAUACCUAAAGUUGAGGAGAAAAGCAGGAAAGAAAAGUGUGAAUUCAAACCCCAGAGGCCAGGAAGGAAGGUUGCUAAAUAUACACCCCCUCCUCUGCCAAGCAACAAGAAGUGGUUUGGAACCCCGAUUGAAGAGAUGAGAAGGAUGCCGGCGUGUGGGGCCCGUCUGCCUCACCUGCGGCCCUCGGCCAGCCACACCGUCACUGUCAGGGUAGAUCUCCUGAGGGAAGGAGAGGUACCUAAACCUUUUCCAACUCACUACAAAGAUUUGUGGGACAACAAGCAUGUUAAAAUGCCCUGCUCAGAACAAAAUUUAUACCCUGUAGAGGAUGAGAAUGGAGAUAGAACUGCUGGAAGUCGAUGGGAACUAAUCCAAACUGCCUUACUUAACAAAUUUACCUGCUCACAUGAUUUGAAGGAGGCCAUAUUGAGGUACAAUGUUGCUUAUUCCAAGAAAUGGGACUUCACAGCUCUUACUGACUUCUGUGAGAAGGUUCUUGAAGAUGCAGAGGCUCAACAUCUGUUCCAGUCCAUUCUUCCUGAUAUGGUCAAGCUGGCACUCUGUCUCCCUAAUAUCUGCACCCAGCCAAUACCUCUGCUGAAACAAAAGAUGAAUCACUCCAUCACAAUGUCACAGGAGCAGAUCUCCAGCUUCCUGGCCAAUGCUUUCUUCUGUACUUUUCCACGUCGCAAUGCCAAGAUGAAGUCUGAGUAUUCCAGUUAUCCAGACAUUAACUUCAACAGAUGUAGUGGAUGUGCUCUGACAGCUGAGAUGAAAUACAAAACCAGUGUUGCCUGGGAUCCAGCACACUUGGCUGCUGCCUUUAAGGACUGUCACAGGUUGUUUGAAGGGAGGUCACCAAGAAAGCCUGAGAAACUUAAGACCCUUUUCUGCUAUUUUAGAAGAGUCACAGAAAAAAAACCUACGGGAUUGGUGACGUUCACAAGGCAGUGUCUCCAGGAGUUUCCAGACUGGGAGAGAUCUCAGAAAAAAUUAUCUAGAUUGCAUGUCACCUCUGAAGGCACCAUUGAAAGCAAUGGACAAGGUAUGCUACAGGUUGAUUUUGCAAACCGUUUUGUUGGAGGUGGUGUGACCGGGGCAGGACUAGUACAAGAAGAAAUUCGGUUUUUAAUCAAUCCAGAACUGAUUGUAUCAAGGCUCAUCACUGAAGUCUUGGAUCACAAUGAAUGUCUUAUCAUCACAGGUACUGAGCAGUACAGUGAGUACACAGGCUAUGCAGAGACUUACCGCUGGGCAAGGAGCCAUGAAGAUAAGACCCCUAGGGAUGAAUGGCAACGACGCCACACUGAAAUUGUUGCUAUAGAUGCAUUUCACUUCAGACGUUUCCUUGAUCAGUUUGGUCCAGAGAAAAUUAGAAGAGAGCUCAACAAGGCCUACUGUGGCUUCUCUCGACCCAACGUUGCUCCUCAACACCUCUCUGCAAUAGCCACAGGAAACUGGGGAUGUGGUGCCUUUGGAGGGGACUCCCGAUUAAAAGCCUUAAUUCAGAUAUUGGCAGCUGCUGAGGCUGGACGUGAUAUUGUGUAUUUUACUUUUGGAGAUGUGGAGCUGAUGCGGGACAUUUACAGCAUGCAUACUUUUCUCUGUGAGAAGGGCCAAACUAUUGGGGACAUUUAUAGGCUGUUGCUGAGAUACUACAAUGAACAAUGCAGAAACUGUUCUACUUCAGGACCAGAUGUCAAGCUGUACUCUUUCAUAUACAACACUCUAGAGUCCUAUGCACAUUCUACUGAUGAUGAUGAGGAGGAUGAAGAAAAAGGGUUGUGUUUUGAAGAUUAAAAUAAAUGUAUUUGAUCAGAACAAUGUUUCUCUCCUCCCACUGGUAUAUUGUGUGAAUUGCUGGACAUAAUGAAUGAGCUGGCUUAAUUUAUAUUGAUUGCAUUGGUAGUUAUGUAAAACACCCAAACAAAAAGCCCCACAAACAUCUUUGAGAGACGACAUUUAUUUGUUUUGAUGUUUUGAUACAUGAAAACCUUGUUCAUGUGUGUACAGAAAAAAAUUCUUUGGUAAGUCUGGUUGUGUUAUACCUUGUUAAGUAGAAUAUUUUGGUAUACAUGUACAUUUCACUCGAGAUGGCUAAAUAUCUUCAGAUUUCCCCAUACUCCUUUGCCUUUAUUUUUCAGAGCCCUUAUGUAGAUUUCUCAUGGAGGCUUACAGCUGGAGUACAGACAGCCAUGUAACUCCUCGGAUGAUGUUAGAGAGAAGCAUUUUAAUGGUUGUUCUUACUGAAAAUUGUCACAAUCCUUAAGAGUGCCAAGGUACCAUCAGUGUUCUUACCAAAGUUUUCAUUCUUUUAACUUAAAAUGUCCUAGGUCUAAUUAAUUUUUUAAAAAAUUAUUAAAAAUUGAAAAGUUCUAGGCGAGUCAAUGCAUUUCACAACUGCAUGGUCUUUACCAAAUUAGACAUAAAAGUUAGCAUGAAGAAGUAGAGAAAGAACAACAAGAGUGGAAGAAUGAAAAAUGUGACCAAAGCUGGAAGCAGAGGAAAAGAUUUUCACAUGAAGCUCUUCAAUACCAUUUUGUUGGUGCUAUCUGUUACCACAUUGAACAAGGUCUUAGUCUAUUGGAAGUUUCUCAAGGUUCACUGCUGCUGGCAUUAUUUGAGUUAAGGUCUGCUAGUUGUGUUCAUGUUGUCAUAUCAGUUGUCCCUUCUCUCAGUAUGCAUAUAUGUGAGUAUAAGAUCCCCAUGGGAUAUGUGAGUGAGGAAACAAAUCACAUAUCAGUGGGAGGAAAGUCUGCAGGCUACAGAUAAGAGCAUGAGGUCUUGUUAGGGAUUUCUGCCUGUGUCAUUUUAGACAUGGGAAUAACAGUGAAGUGUUGACAAAACAUUUUAAAACUUGUGCUUUUACUAUGUGUGAAUACGAAAUUAGUGUUGCUGUAGUACAUUAAUAGUUUACAAAAACUGCAGAUAUAUCUGUGAUAAAACUUUUUCAGGUCUAUGUACAGGGCAGAUCCAGUGAGACUUUUGUCUAUUCGUAUUUAAGCCCAGUUUAAGUUUCAGCCCAGAUUCCUAAGUUUAACCUGUUCUGUGUUAGAUUUUUGUCUCUCAUAGUUGCUAUUACGAGUUAGCAAUACAAGUAAAAUAUGCAGCAGGAAAUGUAGUGACCUAAGUUUCUUAAUCAAUGAAUCCUUUUGAGUUAUGUCAGAUAAAACUCUCCAAGCCUCAAACACACCAUGGUAAUUAAAUGCUGGAAGCUGUUAGCAGUCUGGCUUAGAAUAAAUCACUCACUGCCUGAUCUGCUCUGGGGGAAGCAAUGGGAAGGAGUCUGGGUAGUUUAUAAAUACCUUCAGGGAGCUGUACCUUGGCAUGAAUUCUGAGUGGGCAGCUUGCAGGUGUGUUACUUGGGAAAUGAUGGACACACAGGUUUCUUCCUGUUCUUCCCACCAGGUGUAGUUUUCUCCACCCCCACCCAUUUUGAGGAAAAGAUUUUGGCUAGAAUUUCAGGCUUUUUUCUGUGUUUGCAGCCUAUGUCCUCAGAUUUAGCAGAAAUCUUUUCUCCUGCUCCUGGUGUUUCAGUGUUGGCUCAGAUUCUGGCAAUAGGAAUAACUUUUAUUAGCUCUUAUUUGGGCAUUUAGGUUCAAGUAUGAUAGUGCUUCUAGAUGCAUUGCUGAUGAUAGGUGCACCCUGGGAAUUAUGACAAGUGAUGGAAAACUGGUGCUAUUAUUAGCCAAACCUUUUUCACCUUACUACUCAGGAUCUCAUAUAGAAGAGAUGAACAGAAUUUGUUCCUAAACAACUGGAAAAAAAUACAACAAAAGGAUUUAGAUGGCUAGAAAUUACCUCCCCUUUAUUAUAAAUACUUUUUCUUUAGUGCAAUGUAGUCAUUGUGAGAAGUGAUUGGUCAGGUAUGAAAAAUGUACUAAAAUAUGAUGGAAUGAAAUUCUACUUCAACUCUAGAAACAGAAAAAUUAAACGUUGGAGAGAUUCUCUGAUGAUCAUAUUAUAGGUAUGCAGUUAAAAGAUUUCUUGCAGUGUCAAGUGCUUCCAGGAUGAUCCUAGUCUUUUUAUGCAGUCUGUAGUUUCAGUGAUACUGAGCAUUUUCUAAUAUGGGGAAGAAUGCCUUUUGUUUGAAAUCAUUCAUUAGGAUAUGUUUACCAUACCUUUUUCUCUAGUGAAUUAUGCUUGUAUGGACAGGAACAAAGGAAAAUAACUCCUUUUUCAUUUCAUGUGUUGUCUGAAAAAGAGAGAUAUAUCCUGGAUUCUAUGGUGUGUUCCUGAUCUCCUGAAGGGCAACAUUGUAAGAAUGCUUUGAACAUGAUUUUGAUCACAGGCAGGCUGAAAAUUAUUUUGUUGUUGUUGUUUGUUUGGGGUUUUUUUUUUUAAAGCAAAAGAGCCCAGAAUUAGUUAACAGUGGUGUUACAUUCCCAUGCUGUUCUCAUUCAAUAAAGAGCUGAACUGCCCAGAUUGCUGCAUGUGAGCCCAAUAUGUGCUCUACAUCUUUCUUUUUCUCCCCAGCCACCACUCGUUUCCUAAGUCCCUGAAAUGUUUCCUUUAGCUGGCGAUGCCUUCGGUGCUCUGGGGGAGGUGGUGUGGGAUGGAGAUGCCAGUGAUCUCCUUGUGCAGCCUAGAAAGCUUCAGGUUCACUCUUCCAGAAACCUGGUGAUGGAGUAUUCUAGGUUUGGGAUUUUUUUAUUAUUAUUUUAGGGAUGUUUGCUAUAUGAUUUCCAGUAAAAAUAAACUUCCUACCAAAACUUUUGUUUUAUACUUUUUAGCAGCUAAAUUCAAUGCUCAGUAUGAAACAACAACAGGCAGUCAUGUCGAUUGCAAUGUUGCCUCAUAGUCAAGUUUGGUGUCUGAGCACUUCUGUUGUUCUACAGCUCUUGCACCUAAAUUGCUCAGUUCUGAUGUUUCCUUAUCCAGUGAGGAAUAUCCAAUACUGUAUAUAUUAAUUUAUAAACUGUUGAAGUGUUCCUGACAUUCUUCUAAACUUACAGUUUAUGCACCAUUAUAUUGUAUUGAUUUUUCUGGAUCUGUAUGCUAAUGUUUACAUAAUUUUGUAGGAAUACAAUUAAAAAAUUCUGACUGAA